UUGAGAUCACCUUCUCACUUGUCCGGACACGUGAGCAUCGGAGGGGAAGGUUAUUUCUCGCCAAGUAUAAUUUCUAAAUGAUCCAUAGGGUUUGAAUGAGGAUGCUUCUGCUUCUUUGGUCCGGACUCGCAUCCCAUGGUGCAAAGUGAAACGGGAGUCCUAGCCUGCCGAACCGAAGCUGUCAACAGAAAGCCUACACCAGCAGCACCAGCAGUUCUUGCAUCCAUCAUCAGCCAAAACAUUCAGAAGUGCUGCUUCCAGAUGUCUCUACUAGAAGAUAUAUUUGAUCUGUUGCGAAAUGUCUUUGAGUAUUUCGGAGUCUCUCCUGACAUGCUGGUUCCAGUGUGGGAGAGCCAGUUGUGUGGUCAGUACCGGAGCCUGGUGCGGAUGAUCGGGACCAACCUCCCAUUGACCCCGUCUCCACGUAUCCACUUCCAGGUCGCCCGGGGGAACGCCGGUGCAGAGGAGGCGGAGCAAGGGCACGGCGUUGCUAAGCGACCCGGCUUCCAUGAUUGCCGAGGCCCUGAGGAGGAAGUUCGCCCACCAUCGCCUCAAUGACUCGUACGACAAAGAGAACCGCUCUGCAGAACUCUCGCCGUUCGGCAGCCCCGAUACAUCGCCCUGUAUCCCCCAGCAUUCCAAGCGCAGCCAGGGACGACUCCACCUGUGACCUCUGACCUUCCAAGGUCAACUAAACCAGCGGCCUAUCACUUCGCCACCUGAAACACCGAUGCCUCCCGCCGACUACUAUGGCAACUGCUGACUGAGMGUGCGUCCCAAUAAUACCUCCUUUCUCUUGAAGUGUACACUUGUUCACUACUUCAGAUUAGGGAAGUGAAKAAGUGUACACUUUGGGAGGAAGGAGAGAUAAUUGGGAUAUAGCCGAGGUCUGUUUGUUUUGUUGUCUUUAAAAAAAAAAAUUUUUUUUUGAAGAGCUUCUCUUGUCCAUCUUUCAACAUGUUGUGCUAUGAUGCGUCCAUCAGGUAUUGUUUAUAUAAGGGACGAUUGAUAUUGAGAGUAAAUUAUUUUCAUGCAGUCAUUUCAAUUGUAUAUACUGUAAAUACACUAUAUAACCAAAAGUAUGUGGA